CAGUACACUUCUUGCAUACAAACAGUGACAAUUACGCUAUAAAGGACUUAUUAUACCUUCUUUUGGAGUAACAUUAGUGCUAGUGAGAGGCUUGCCUACUUCGUAAGACUAAGAAGAUAUAUUUUCUGCAGGUAAACCCAAAGCUUUCAGGAAAGAUUACCUCCUAUUCUGCAUUUUCUGAUUAUUUGGUCUGGAUUGCUCUGAUGCCAAAGUACUUACAGAACUUGCCAAAAUGAAACAGUCCUCAGACACAGCUGGCAUUAUAUUUGCCUAAACUAAAGUAACAACUGCACAUGAAUAACUUCCUUCACUGAAUCCUGCUGCAUGCUGUAUUCUUCCCUCGUCAGAAGUGGCUGCUAAAAUAAAAAGAUGGCUGAAGAAGAAAAAGCAUCUCUAAAGAAAGUAUUUCAUUUUGGUAUUAAUGGAUAUGUACCAUCAGUAAAACUAUGCAUCAGGAAUGAAAGUGCCCCCAAAAGUUAUCAUGCCUGUUGUUUACGCAAUGUGCAAGUAAUUAGUAUGUGACUGGCCUAUGAUAAAAACCUGCAUCACUAACGGAGAGCUGACUGUCAAAUAACAGGCAUUAGGAAAGUCACAGACUCAGACUUGUCUUUAAAUCAGUUAUCUGUAAACCUAUCAGCCUAUUACAAUUUUGUAAUACAGAGAUCAUGUUCGCUUCAGACCAUAAAAAAAUACUUUUGCAUUCCCUAGCUACAAGGAAACUUUUCUUAAAUCUUUUAUUUCAUUUCUUUACCCUUGGUGUGCUUAGUUUGAUCAAUGAUUAUUUGUACUCACAAGUAUCAUUUUAUCACACUCAAAAUUUGGAAGAGCAUUCCUAAAGAGAGCAUGCCAGCUAGAACUAUACAUAGUAACAAGAAUGAAAGGCUUUCCUUUUUUAUUAGUAUUUAAGGCAUUCCUUUGCAUCUAAGGAAUAAUGGCAAGAUGCUGUUCAAAUGACCUAAUGAAACACGUUACUUGCAAACUUUAAACUGUGCUUCAAUGGCUCAGCAAAACAUGAAAAUGCGCCCAGUACUACUGAAAAAGAACAGUUUGGAUUCAGUUGAUUUUAUGAGGCAGCCGCACCACCGCAGAAGCAAAUUUCAGCAAGUGAGAUUCAAGGACGAUGGUAUGAACACAAAGAUAAUGGGUGUCACUGAAACGGAUACCCAUCCUGCCCAAGAUACAGCAUUCCUGACCGGAAACACAAAAAUAUCUGGGCAUCAAAAUUUUUUGCCAAACCAAUCUCCAUCUUUCCCGAGGGCUCAAAAAGGUCUUCAGAAUAUUGCCAUACAAACAUCUCCAAGCCUCAGGAAACGCUUCCCAGUUUUUAAAAAGAAAAAGUUGACAGUAAGCAAAUCAUUAACAGAAAUGACAACCGAGCCUGCAAAUUCCAUCCAAGUAAAUGGCAAUCUUUCUGAACGAGACAUACUGCUUUCAGACAUCUCUUACCUAAGAAUAACUAAUCAUUUGGAAGAUGGAUUUAGCAAAAGUGAGGUGGACAGUCAGUUACAUCAAAAACCAGCAACAAAAUCACAAUGCAAUGGACCUAUCCACUUGGACUCUGAUGAUUUCUCAGUGCCAGAAAAGACAACUGCUUCUACACAGGUGCCUGAAUACAUACAUCUGAGUUCUCCACCGGACAGUAAUGCUCCCAUGGAUGCACUAGACAUGACCACGGAUUUAAGUAAUUCACUGCAUUCUUCUACUGGCGUAAAUCAGUCCAACGAAAACAGCACGCUGUCAUCUAAUUCCGAAAAAUCACACCCUUGCUUAAGCAAUUCCAGUUACUGCAGUGAAUGCAAUCCACAUUCUGAUUCCUGUGAAGCAGAUUCUGAGUUACCUGUACCCAAUAAAGAUGCAAGCAGUAAGGAAACUAUUCCUUUAUCAGCUCCGUCAAAUCACAGUUUAUCUCCUUGUUUCCUCAGAGACUAUCAGCAGCCCAGAGAGCAUGAAACAGAUUCCAGCUGCAUGACACUAACAAAUGAUGAUCAUGCCAUAAUGUCAUUGACCAGCAGUAACGCAUCAAAAUCCAUUCCUUCAUGUCACACUGAGAUCAAGAAAAAUUCUACCCAGCUAGAUGUUUCAGACUGUAACAACUGCAUAGAAGGAUUUCACAUAAAGUCUUAUCUGCCAAGGAAUGAAAUAAAACCACAAACCAACAAAGAGAUUAGAGAAAUGAAUCAAAUUCAUUUGGCACAUGGCGAACUAUGUUCCCUACAAGGCAGGCUGCAGUCUGUAGAGGAAUCCUUGCAGUCAAACCAGGAGAAGAUUAAAGUCCUUUUGAAUGUAAUUCAAGACCUGGAAAAAGCCAGAGCCCUCAGUGAAGGGCGCAACUUCUACCACACUGGUCAAGACCUCAACAACUGCAGCACCUGUCAGAACACUGCAUGCAUCAUUUACAGUGUAGAAUAUGACUUCAGACAACAAGAAGGAAGAUUUCAUCAGAUUUUGAAAAGGCUGGAUCAUGCGGAACAAAGUCCAGCUACAGCUUCUCCUCAAAACCUACCAUCUGAUCCUCCAAUUCCCGAGAAAAAGGAAUUAAGAAGGAAAACAAAAAAGAUGAAAAAAAAAUGCUUCUGGUGGAUUUGACUGCCUUAUGGAUUAUAUAUAGAAACACAGAGUUUUUACAUUUUGAAAGACUCUAGAAUACAUAUGAAGAGGUUUGAGCACAUACACCUGAAAACUGUGCUAUUAUGAAAUCAUAAAUAGAAGGCUAAGAUAAGUUUAAUAGAGUAUCUGAAAAAUCAGAAGAGUUGAAUUUACUUAACAAAUCCCCUCACUGAAUAAAUACACAUGAAGAGACUAUUUUCAACAAAGAACUGUAAUUUUUUUCUCCUUUUUCUCCAAGGACACUUUCAUACGCUUUGUAAAGACAACUUUUUUUCAACCUUUCAAAAAUAACAGCAAUUAAAUCUCUACUUUAAAAAGCAAGCGUAGACAAAGCUAAGAACGUCUUUCAGUCUUUAUUUUCUACUUUUAAGUAACAUGGACUGAAAAAAAAAAAGAAUAUUCAUUGAUCACUAAGCAAACCACAUAGCCAACAACAAGUUCAGGGUGAUAGAUGCUGCUCAAAAAAAAUUUCAUAUCCCCAGUGAAAUAUUUUUGUGACUGUCAUCCAAUAUUUAACCAAAAAAAGAAUUUCAGAUUAAACGUUACUCAUCUCUUUUAUUGCUUCCAUUUAAAAAGCAAUCAUUUAGAAAUUUCAUUCAUUUAAUAGACUUCUGUAGAAAGAAUCUUAGAAUCAUAAAACAAGAGAAUAUUUAAAUAAGUCGAACCCAACCCCCUUCUCAAAGCAGAUCCAACUAGGUAAGACUGCGGAAGGCCUUGUCCAGUUGAAGUCCGAGUAUAUCCAAAGACUCUGCAACUCCUCUGGGAAGCCUGUUUCAAAAUUGGACCACUUUCACAAUGAAAAGGUUUUUCCUAACAUCUAACCUAAUUUCCGAUGUUCUAACUUGUGUCCAUUGCAUCUUGUCCUAUCCCAAUGGACCUUCAAGAAGAGUCUGGCUCUGUCUUCCCUAUAUCCUCCCAAUAGAUAUUUAGUAAGACCUCUCCCCUAAGCCAGAACCACUUCCCUCAACCUGCUGCCUCCUAUCCUGUUAAACCACUUUCCCAAUUUCCCACUCUGUAUCACUAUGCAUUUAAAACCUGUAUCACUAUACCAAAACAUCCCAAAGCAUGUUUUUUAGCGCCUUAACAGAGGAAAUACCCCCAUAGAGGCCCACAUGAUACAAAAUUAGUCCUAAAAAUUAGCUGUUAAUGAACUUACCUGUAUGAUUCCAAAACAAAUUAUAUAUGCUAGAAUAAGUUUAUUAGGUGUCAGCAUAGCUUUUCUUUUUUUUUUUUCUUUUCUCUUUUUUAACCUUCGAAUACUAGCUAAGGCACCAGCCAGUACUAAGUAUUCCAAUGUAACCUAAUAAAGGCUCAAAGUUGUUAUUAUUUCAUUCAUGACAAAAUGAUCAGCAUUCAUAAGGGGAAAAAAAUAUAUUUUGCAAAGCAAGUUUAAAAGGCACAACGUAAAGGUCAAAAAAGGUUUAGUGGAACACACUGCAGACCUAUUCUUAAAAGUUACUCUGGUUAAUGAGUUCAGAUGGUACCAGUGUAUUCUUAGAUUCAGAUGGUACCAGAUUAAUUCUUAGAGCCUCAAUUUUUAAGUCAUGUAGUAUUAACUCUGCAACAUGAAUUUAAAAAUUGUUCACCGUUCGUACACUUCUUCAUUCCCCCAAUUUUUAGGGUUAAUUAGAUAUUUAGAAACACAUUAAAAGCUGUAAUUUUGCACAGAUAUCAAGGAGAACUAACAGUGCUAGAAAACUGAUCUUCAUUUAAAAGAGAAUAUGCUAUGUAACAUGGCUUAACUUAUCAAUAUCCUGAAGGACUGAGUUUUAAAAAACACUUGCAUGUAAGUACAUUCAAUAUGGAAAUCACAGGCACAAAAUUCUCAUUACUCUAGAGGCUUUUCAGAAGAAAAAAGCAAAAAAGUAUACCUUCAGUGAGCCAGAAAAGCUCUUCAAUAACAACUUUUACACAUAUCAGAGGUCAGAAUUAAAUCAUUACAUCCGACCGUGUCAUUAUAUCACACUGAAACACAUGAACUGCUUAUGUUAGCAUGCCUACAGC